UUAAAACGUGGGUCGUAUGAAUGAAUCGACAAAAAUAAAACAGUCGCAUUUUCAUUCGCAUUUAAUCAAAGAAAAUGGUCGAGACAGCAAUUGAUUUGGGCUUCGUGGAGGAUUGUGAGCCUUGGUUACUCACAAAUAAAUUCUUCCCAAGCAAAGUUGGAGGAAAACCUGCAUGGCUUGACUUGAAAAAUAUUCCAAAGCCCAAAGACCUCGAAUGCCCUCGUUGCAAAGAACCAAUGGUAUUUUUGUGUCAACUUUACGCCUCAAGCGACAAAGAACACUGCUUCCAUCGCACAGUUUAUGUCUUCAUUUGCCGCAACGGAGCUUGUUACCAACCGAAUGAUGCUUCAACUGUUCGUGUCUUCCGCAAUCAACUUCCUCUAAAGAACGAUUUUUACUCGGAAACGCCUCCCGAUGAGAACGAAGAAUCAGAAGCUGUUGAAUCUCCGGUCAAACUUUGUCGCAUUUGUGGAUGUUCAGCAUUUGCGUGUUGCUCAAAGUGCAAAAAAGAAUUUUAUUGCAACGUUUCGCAUCAAAAAGCCGAUUGGAAAGCACGACACCGACAAGAAUGCAUGGAAGGAAAAAAAGUUGAAAAUUUCCAAAACGAGAUUUUGUUCCCCGAAUUCGAGCUGGUUAUCGAAUCGGAGAUUUUAGAGGAGAAAAAGAAGGAAACUCCCGAAGAAGCGGAGGCACGAAGACUUGCAGAAUACGAAAAUUUAGUGAAAAACGGGCAAGUUCAGACAAUGGGCGAUGUUCCUGCAGCAGAAAUGGAAAAAUAUGUCGGCGAAACGGAAGAAGAUAAAGUUUUUGCAGCAUUUCGGGAACGAAUAUCACAAAAUAAGGAACAAGUAGUGCGAUACGAUCGAGGAGGAAAACCUUUAUGGAUAACGGGCGACUUGCAAUUAGCUCCUGAGGAUGUCCCAAAAUGCGAAAAUUGCAACGAAACGAGGGAUUUUGAGUUUCAAAUCAUGCCCCAACUUUUGAACAAUCUCAAAAGAGAGGAGCUCGAUUGGGGAGUCAUUGCUGUUUUUACUUGUUCGAAGGAUUGCGACAUUGGGGAACGUUAUGUGAAGGAAUUCGCGUAUAAACAAGACAUUGUGAAGGAUGACGAAGGCGAAAAGGAAAAUAUCGACGAAUAAAAUGUUGAAAAAUUAAUUUUUUUCUUCUUUUUAGGUCAAUUUGAAUGCUUCAAAAUUACGUAUCGAGGGUUUAUUCAAAAAAAUUCCGGAUAAAAAUCUUAUAAAAAAUGCAUUGA